AUGUCGCGCGCGCGCGCGUCGUGCGCCCGCGCGCCCGCGCGCGUGGACGCGCGAUCGGGAUGGCGACGACGAAGCGCGCGGACGCUCGCGAAGCGACGGGCGGGCGGAGACGAUUUCGACAUCGAUUCGGUGACGAAAGCGGUGGAGGCGCUGAGGUUGGAGAAUGAGCGGUUGAAGGCGUCGUUGGAGGCGGAAGAGAACGCGGUGAGCGUUGGGACGAAGGCGGCGGUGGUCGAGGCGGCGGCGGUUGAAUCGACGUCCGAGCCGGUCGUUGAAUCGACGUCCGAGUCGGUCGUUGAAUCGAUUCCUGAACCAGCUUUUGCCGCGGUUGCGCCGGCACCGGUGGGCGCUUUUAACGAGGCGGCGGACCGCUUGGAGGGGUUCAAGUUCCCCGCGCUCGAUGGCGACGGCUUGGGCGUGUGCGCGACGGAUCCUUCGCUCGAGAGCCACAGGGGACACCUGGAGUAUCGCUGGAACAAGUUUAAGGGCCUGCGCCAAGCGAUCGAAGAUAAUGAAGGUGGCUUGGAGAAGUUCAGCCGCGGUUACGAAAAGAUGGGCUUCACGCGCACCGCGGAGGGCAUCACGUACAGAGAGUGGGCGCCAAACGCCUCCGCCGCGUGCCUUCGCGGCGACUUCAAUGGUUGGGAUCUGGGAGAAAACGGUAAGUGGAUGACCAAGAACGACUUCGGCGUCUUCGAAGUGUUUCUCCCGAACAACGAAGAUGGGUCUCCCGCGAUCCCGCACGGCUCUCGUGUGAAGAUCCAUCUGCAAAUCCCGAACGCCGAACCGGUUGACAAGAUUCCGGCUUGGAUCAAAUACGCCGUGCAGCAGCCUGGUGAGAUCCCGUUCAACGGCAUUUACUACGACCCGCCCGUGGAGGAGCAAUAUAAUUUCAAGUUCGAACGCCCGGAUGCGCCUUCUGAGCUUCGAAUUUACGAAGCGCACGUCGGCAUGUCCUCCACUGAGCCGAAGAUCAACUCUUACGUGGAGUUCGCCGACGACGUGCUGCCGCGCAUCAAGGACCUCGGUUACAACGCCGUGCAGCUCAUGGCGAUUCAAGAACACGCGUACUACGCGUCGUUUGGCUAUCACGUCACCAAUUUCUUCGCCGUUUCCUCCCGAUGCGGGACUCCGGAUGAGUUGAAGUACUUGGUUGACAAGGCGCACUCCAUGGGGAUCAGCGUUAUCAUGGAUUUGGUGCACUCGCACGCGUCCUCCAACUCCAUGGACGGCCUGAACAUGUUCGAUGGCAGCAAUGGCCAGUACUUCCACUCUGGCCCGGAGGGCUAUCACUGGAUGUGGGACUCUCGCUGCUUCAACUACGGCGAGUGGGAGGUGCUUCGCUUCUUGCUGUCCAACUUGCGUUACUGGAUCGAAGAGUACAAGUUCGACGGCUUCCGUUUCGAUGGCGCGACCUCGAUGAUGUACAAGCACCACGGUCUGCAAGUCGCGUUCACCGGUAACUACGACGAAUACUUCGGCAUGGCGACCGACGUCGACGCGAUGGUUUACCUGAUGCUUGCCAACGAUCUGCUCCACACGCUUUACGAAGGCAAGAUGACCACCAUUGCCGAAGAUGUGAGUGGCAUGCCGACGCUCUGCCGACCGGUUAAGGAAGGCGGCGUGGGCUUCGACUAUCGUCUCCAGAUGGCCAUCGCGGACAAGUGGAUUGAAGUCUUGAGCGAAUGGGGUCCGGAUGAGAACUGGGACAUGGGCAACUUGGUGUUCACCAUGGAGAACCGUCGUUACGGCGAAAAGUGUAUCUCAUACGCCGAAUCCCACGAUCAAGCGCUUGUCGGCGAUAAGACCACCGCGUUCUGGUUGAUGGACGCUGAAAUGUACACGAACAUGUCCACUUUGGUUCCCGACACGCCGACCAUCUCUCGUGGCAUCGCUUUGCAUAAGAUGAUUCGACAAUUCACCAUGGGUCUUGGCGGUGAGGGCUACCUGAACUUCAUGGGUAACGAGUUCGGUCACCCCGAGUGGAUCGAUUUCCCUCGCGACGACCGUGUCGAGGCUUCCACUGGUAAGUUCAUUCCGGGUAACGGUAACUCGUACCACUUGUGCCGCAGGCGAUUCGAUCUGACCGACAUGGAUCACUUGCGUUACAAGUACCUGAACGCGUUUGACGGGGCGAUGAACAAGGUCGCGGGCGCUUUCAAGUACCUCGCGUCCAGUCACCAAUACACGUCGUGCAAGAGCGACGCUGAUAAGGUUAUUGUUUUCGAGCGCGGUGACCUGGUGUUCGUGUUCAACUGGAACCCGACGCAGUCCUUCUCCGACUACCGAAUCGGCUGCAAGGAGAAGACGACGUACAAGCUUGUGUUGAGCUCGGAUAACCCCGAGUUCGGCGGUUACUCCAACCUCUGGACGUAUACCGCUCCCGAAUUCAUCGCCGAAGACUACGCGUUCAACGGCCGGCCGGCAUCGUUCUUGGCGUACGUUCCCUCACGCACUGUCGCGGUGUACGCUCCGGCUGAUUUGGCGGACAAGCUUCUUGGUUACUCCUCCGAGUCCACCGCGGCGGACACUGCCGCGUGA